AUGGAGCUAGACGCAGAUUCACACCGUGUUAUCAUUGAGACGAGAUCUGGCCGAUCCGAGUGCGGGAAUGGACAUGUCGUGUGCUGCUCCUGCGGCGGCGGCGGCAAUGGCGACGGCGGAGCGAACAAGCACUGUGAUUUGUGCGGCCGCGCCACCACCUACACCCGCAUCCCCUACAUCGAUGGCCUGGUCGGCGACUACAAGGUGCAGUGCCCCUACAGGAUUUUCGGCUGCGCGAGGUCCAUCACCUACCACUCGGCCGCGGACCACCCUGCCAAGUGCGCGUACGCGCCCUGCUACUGCUUCGAGUGCGCGUUCCAGGGUUCCCCGGCAAGCCUCCUGCGCCACCUCACGGAGGAGUCCGGCCGGCAUUGUUGGCCCAUGGAAAAGAUUAAGUACGAGAUCUGCCGCCCGCUCGUCGUGCCGGGGUCGGAGCACCGCCUUCUGCUAGUGGCGGAGGAGGACGGCCGAGUGUUUCUCCUGGCCGUUGGCGCGGGGAGGGGCGCCGCCGGCGUCCGCCCCGUCAACAUCGUGUGCGUCAGGGGCAAUGUCGACGCCGACGCGAGGCCGGUGUACACAGGUGUGCUCUGGGUGGAUGGCCCUCCGGCCGCCGCAGGCCACUUCAGGAGCAGCUUCCAGCUGAAAGGCGACGUGGCGAACUGCGGAGUCCCCGGCGAGGUGGACAUGGAGCACGGGCGCCUCCAUGCGCAUGUCAAUCCGGAGAUGCUGCACGGGGAGUCUAAAGAGAUUCAUCUGCGCAUUUGCAUUACCAAGUUCUGGUGA